CAUCAAACUCGUGGGGGUGGGGGGGGGGUGAUUGGGGGUCGCUGGGUGCGGAGCGCGGAGCAGCAAUCGCCGCUCGGCGCCACCGCUCCCAACCACCGCUUGCCGCCCCCCCCGGCUGCAAAAUAUAAUUUCGGGGAAACAAAGGGUAAGCAGUCGUAAACUGUAGUCCCGGCAUCAUCGUUGCCUCGCCAGCCUUGGCAGGGUGAGGAAGAACAGGUUCCAUUUGGCAAUUGAAUCCCUGGGGGUGAGGGACGUUGAAUUAUCGCGCCCUCCGGUUUUGAGUCCGUGCCUCCCUGCUCUCGGAAGGGGGGGGGGGGGUUGGGUGAUGGGGGAGUCACGCACAUUUACAGGAAUUCACAUUCGCGCUGCAUCACGAAGGAGACGUCACGGCGAUGCACUCCCUCGCUGCUCCUGACGCGCGUUGUCUCCGCUGCAUCCACAUCGGCCGUACGAAAGGAGGAGGAGGAGAAGAUGAUGAUGAUGAUGAGUGCGCUUGGUUAAUCGAGAGCGGUUGCAGGGAGAGGCGACUUCACAGGCGCGCGCGGUCGGUUAACAACGCCUGACGGGUCGGUUGCGGUUCGCUCCUGCUGCCGCUUUCGUAAAUUGACGAAUUUACAAUCGGCGCCGGGAAAACGAUGAGCAAUUCCACGCUUGACGCAUGGAGGUGAGCCAGUCCCUGUCCACGCAACCCAACCUCGGUCUCCGCGCCCUCUCCUCCAUGCCGGGCGUCGGGGGGGUCCUCGCCUCCGCGGGGGGCAGCAGCGGCGAAACCGGGAUGGGCGGCGGCGGUAGCGGUGCCAUCGUCAUCAUCGGUGCCGAGCUGCCCUCCUCGGCGGCAUCUUCGCCACCCCAGCAGCAGCAGCAGCAGCAGGCGCAGCCCGCGACCCCGGGUGGCCUCCCGCACGAGCAGGACCUGCAGCACGAGCUGCAGGCGCUCAAGCAGCAGCAGCAGAUCCAGAAGCAGCUGCUGCUCGCCGAGUUCCACAAGCAGCAGGAGCAACUCGCGCGGCAGCACGAGGCGCAGCUGCAGGAGCACAUCAAGGUGGGCGCCAGGCAGCAGCAGCAGAUGAUGGCGCUGAAGCGGCAGAGGGAGAUGCUGGAGGCUCAGCGGAAGAUGGAGGCGGCGCGUGAGGCCGAGCUGCAGGAGAAGCAGCGGCGUGAGCAGCACCUGCAAGCGCUCAAGUACAAGGAGAAGGGCAAAGAGAGCGCCGUCGCGAGCUCGGAGGUGAAACAGCGCCUGCAGGAGUUUGUGCUCAACAAGCGGCAGCGCGGCCCCACCAUCACCCCCAGCACGGGCGCCAUCAACCACACGCUGCCGCACAACCAGCGCCUGUGGCUCGCCGUGGCACAGCACGGCUCUUUUGAGAACAGCUCACGGCCGGGCGGCGUCACCCAGCUGUGCCAGCACCCCGACAUCGGCAACUACGAGUCCAAGGACGACUUCCCGCUGAGAAAAACCGCGUCCGAGCCGAACCUCAAGCUGCGCUGCCGACUCAAGCAGAAGGUGGCGGAGAGGCGGAGUAGCCCCCUGCUGCGGCGCAAGGACGGCACCGUCGUCACCACACUCAAGAAGAGGCCCAUGGACGUCACAGGCCCCACGGUGUGCAACAGUGCGCCGGGCUCAGGGCCCAGCUCCCCCAACAACAGCUCCAACAACAUCACGAACGAGAACGGCACCAUGGGCUCCAUCCCCAACAUGCAUGCCGAGCACCCGAUGCUGUCUCCUGAGCGGCUGCUGACGCGCGAUGGCAGCACCCUCACUCAGAUCAACCUCUACACGUCGCCCUCGCUGCCCAACAUCUCGCUGGGGCUACCCGCGACGGGCGCCGCCACUCCGCACAUGGCGGGGAGCCUGGCGGCGCAGCACGAGGCGGAGCGGCACGCCGUACUGGGCAUGCGCGGUGGCGCCGCCGGCGCUCAGUUCGUGGGCAGCGUCCCCUUCCUGCCACGCCACGAUGGCAACGCGGGCGCCGCCACCCUGCAGCAGCAGAUCCUCCUGCUGGAGCAGGCGCGCCUCGCCGGUCUCGGCGGCGUGACGCCCCACCCGCAGUCGCCGCUGGCGCUGGGCGGCUCGCCCACGCUGCGCCGCACGCCGGCCAAGAUGGGGCGGCACCAGCCGCUGGGGCGCACGCAGUCGGCGCCGCUGCCGCAGAGCCCCCAGGCCCUGCAGCAGCUCGUGCUGCAGCAGCAGCACAAGCAGUUCCAGGAGAAGCAGAAGCAGCUGCACCUCAACCAGCUGCUGCUGUCGAAGGCGGGCGAGCCGGUGCGCCAGCACGAGGCGCACCCCGAGGAGACGGAGGAGGAGCUGCGCGAGCAGCAGGCCAUGAUGCAGGAGGAGGAGGGGGCGGCCGUCGCCGACGAGGUCCGCGUCAAGCGGGAGCCCGCGGACAGCGACGACGACGACGAGGACGAGGACGAGGACGACGAGGUGCGCGAGGGCUCGCCCCUCGGCGGGGGAGACGGCGCUACCGCCGCCGGGGGGUUCGGCGAGCAGCAGCAGCAGCAGCAGCAGCAGCGGCGGCAGGAGCAGCAGCGGCAGUUCCACGCGGCACUCUUGCAGCAGCACGCCGCCCUCAUCGGCCUGCCCCCCCCGCACCCGCAGCAGUCGCUGGUGCUGGAGCAGCAGCAGCUGCACCAGCUGCGCAUGUACCACGCGGCGGGGAUGCCCGCGUGCGCCCACGCGCCAGGGCACCGGCCGCUGUCGCGAGCGCAGUCGUCCCCGGCCUCGGCCACCUUCCCCUUGCCGGCGCCGCCGCCCGAAGCGCCCGUCAAGCACCGCUUCACGACCGGCCUGGUGUACGACACGCUCAUGCAGAAGCACCAGUGCACGUGCGGCAACAACACCAACCACCCCGAACACGCCGGGCGCAUCCAGAGCAUCUGGUCACGCCUGCAGGAGACCGGCCUCGCCAACAAGUGCGAGCGCGUGAGGCCCCGCAAGGCGACGCCUGAAGAGAUCCGCACGGUCCACUCGGAGCAGCACGCGCUCCUCUACGGCACCAGCCUCUUCAACCCCCCCAAGAUCGAGCCCAAGAAGAUGCACGGAUCCCUGCCUCAGAAGGUCCUUGUGAUGCUGCCGUGCGGCGGCCUGGGGGUGGACAGCGACACCAUCUGGAACGAGCUACACUCGUCGGGCGCGGCACGCAUGGCGGCCGGCUGCGUCACCGAGCUGGCGUACAAGGUGGCGGCCAGGGAGCUCAAGAAUGGGUUCGCGGUGGUGAGGCCUCCCGGGCACCAUGCCGAGGAGUCGAUCGCCAUGGGAUUCUGUUUCUUCAACUCGGUGGCGAUCGCUGCCCGCGUGCUGCAGCAGAAGCUCAACGUGAAGAGGGUGCUCAUCGUCGACUGGGACGUCCAUCACGGAAACGGAACGCAGCAAGCGUUUUACAGCGAUCCCAGCGUCCUCUACGUCUCCCUGCAUCGGCACGACGAUGGCAACUUCUUCCCCGGCAGCGGAGCCGCUGACGAGGUGGGCGUUGGCGCGGGCGAGGGCUUCAACGUGAACAUCGCGUGGACGGGCGGCCUCAACCCUCCCAUGGGGGACGCCGAUUACCUAGCGGCGUUCAGGUUGCUCGUCAUGCCCAUCGCGAACGAGUUCUCCCCGGACGUGGUGCUCGUGUCCGCCGGCUUCGACGCCGUCGAGGGCCACCCAGCGCCGCUCGGCGGGUACAACGUCACCGCCAAAUGCUUCGGCUAUCUGACGCAGCAGCUGAUGACGCUGGCGGGCGGCCGCGUGGUGCUGUCACUGGAGGGGGGGCACGACCUCACGGCGAUCUGCGACGCGUCCGAGGCCUGCGUCUACAGCCUGCUGGGCAGCGAGAUGGAGCCUCUGUCCCAGGAGGUCGUUCAGAAGAGACCGAACCCAAACGCCGUGGCGUCGCUCGAACGCGUCAUCCAGAUUCAGAGCAAGUACUGGCGCUGCCUGCAGAGGCUGGCGCCCACGGUGGGGUUGUCGUUGCUGGAGGCGCAGAAGCACGAGAAGGAGGAGACGGAGACGGUGACCGCCAUGGCCUCUCUCUCCGUGGACGCCACGCAGGCGGCCGCCGACACCGCCGCCGCCGACGACAAGAGGCCGGUGGAGGAGCCCAUGGAAGAGGAGUCGGCGGCGAUGUAAGCGAUGGACCCCGGUGCGUUUGGAUUGUGGCCGGCACGGCUCGCUCCACAGAGCGUUUGGCAGCGCCAUCCCAACCCUCCCCGCCACUCCUCCCCACCCCCUGCUGACGGGAGGGGUCAGGCGAUCUUCGGAAACGAUGGGCGGGGGGGGGGGGCUGGGGAGAUGACCCGGAGACUCGAAACGGCGUGCGUGCGUGCGUGCGCCCGGCCACAGUCGCUCCGUGUGUGUCCGUACGAUGGCGCGGCCGCGUGACGCUGGCGAUUCGGCGAGUUUGAAAACUCCGCGGGCGCGACGUAAUUAUCCCCCCCCCCCCCGGUCGCUCGUGUCUUAGAACCAGUCCGUUGCUCUCUGUUCCUUUCCUCUUAUUGAGAAUUUUGUUGAUUUUUUUUUACACGCCUUCAUAUUUUUCGUUGUAUAGGGUUUCCUUAAUAGGCCGCUUUCUUGAGCUUAAGGGAAGAGUAUGAGUUGUGCGCGGCAAAACGACCGAGACACUUUUUUUUUUCCAUACUGUAUAAAAUCGAGUUUGUUCCUUUUUUUAAAGUUGUUGUUGUUGUUUUUGUUGGG